AUGACUGUUUUAUCCCGCCGACCGGUUUGAAAUUUCGAGGUUAGGAUAAAAUCAAUAACGUCUGAAAAGCCAUUUUCCCAAAAGGUGUGAUAGAUUUCAUAUUUUUUCGUGUAAUAUUCGAAGAAAAUCAUAACAGUUUCCAUUCACGAUCGUCCCAAACCACCGUACAACAAUAAAUAGUAAGAAAUGGCAGCAAACAUUGAUGACCUAGCCAACGUCUUAUCUUUGACCAAAGUGAGCGAGUCAGGUGUAAGUUUCGCUGGGAAAUCGUUGAAGCUAAAUACAGAAGAAGAUGCCAAACAAGUUACCGAUGAAAUCGACAAAUGUAAAUCCUUACAAUACUUGAACAUGGAAGGAAACACAUUAGGAGUCGAUGCUGCUAAAGCAAUUGGAAAAUCGUUGGAAAAGCAUCCAGAAUUCAAAAGAGCCCUGUGGAAAGAUAUGUUCACUGGAAGGAUGAAAACAGAAAUUCCCAAAGCCUUACAGUUUCUUGGUGAUGGUCUUGUCAAAGCCGGAAGCCGUUUGACAGAGUUGGAUAUGAGUGACAAUGCGUUCGGUCCUAUUGGAGUUGAAGGUUUAGCUUCUCUAAUACGGAGUGCCUCAUGUUUUGCUCUAGAAGAACUCAGAUUAAACAACAACGGCUUAGGAAUAACCGGUGGAAAACUACUAGCCACUGCUUUAACAGACUGUUAUAAUCAAAGUAAAAAUCAAGGUAAACCUCUCAGAUUACGUGUUUUCAUCGCUGGACGAAACCGAUUGGAAAACGAAGGUGCCAAAGCCCUCGCUGAAGUUUUCAAAAUGAUUGGCACGUUAGAAGAAGUAGCAAUGCCCCAAAAUGGCAUUUACCACCCUGGCAUCACAGCGUUAUCAGAGGCAUUCAACAAUAACAAAAGUCUGAAAAUAUUGAAUCUCAACGACAACACAAUAGGUCCUAAGGGAGCUGAAGCAUUAGCGACAGCAUUACCAAACUUGCAAAACUUGAAAGAAAUCAAUUUUGGCGACUGUCUUCUCAAAACGAAAGGAGCUACGGUAUUAGCUAAAGCCUUGAAAGACAAACACGAAAAUCUGGAACAACUAACGUUAGGCUUCAAUGAAAUAAGGAAAGAAGGAGGAAUAGCUGUGGUCGAAGCUCUGGGUAAUAAACCCAAGCUUAAAAAUGUAAUCCUGGAUGGAAAUCAAUUUGGUGAUGAUGGUUGUGAUGAAAUCAAGAAAAACUUCGCAAAAAUUGGAAAAUACGAUGCCUCCUUGAGCUUAGAGGAAGACGAAGGGGAUGAUGAUGCAGACGAAGAGGAAGAGGAGGAAGAAGAAGAAGCAGAAAUUGAAUCAGACGAUGAAUCAACCAAUGUAACCUUCGAUCAAUUCAUCCAGAACCCUACCGAAGAUAAGUUUAUAAAUUUGGGCCACGAGAGAAAAAACUUUAUUCUGAAGGAGUCGAAGAAGGGUGGAGAUAUCGUUUUGAAAGAUUUCAUCACUGUCCUUAUGAAAGUAUCGUCAUUAUAUGGUAGCAAAAGGGAAAUGGUGCGGAAUUAUGCUUUGGACGUGACAGAAAGCUUGUAUAAAGAACUGUUCAAUUGGGCAGCGACCAAACAAAAUUCUCCCUACGUCUUCAAUGCAAUCUUCGUUAAUUUGGGCCUGAUCAAGUGCGAAGACAAGAGUUUUUCACCAACAUGGGAUUGUAAAGCCUGCCAGAAUGCGCUUAAAGCUUUAAAAAAUAACAAUUGUGUGCCACAGACUGUAAAGAAUAUUUUAGAUGUAUUUUUUGCCCAUACUGAAAAUGGAGAGUGUAAAUAGACAUCAUGAAUAUGAGAUUUGUUUUGUUGGAUUAAAAACGUUGUUGUAACAAAAUUUGUAAAUUGUUUUAUUGGGGACGCAUUCGACAUAAUUAAUUUUCCAGACGAAAAGAAGAGCAAAUUGAAUCUGUAUAAUCUUUGAGCUUUCAUCUAAUAUAAUUUCUUAUUUAAAUGUUGUAAUUAUUAUUGUCACUUCAGCUAGGAAUAUAAAUAUGGAAAUCAA